UUUUUUUUUUUUUAAAUUUUUCCUUGCUUGAGCGACGUUCCGGUCUUCUCGUCCGCCGCCCCCCUUUUCCUCUUGGCUGGGGGCUUUGGUACUGUGGCCAGGUCUGCUUCCUACUCCCACCCCUGGUUUUAAUGGCUGGAUUGUGGCAGCAGCUCCCUGCUGCAGGUUGUUGAGGAUCUGAUGGGGACUCGCAUCUCAGGAGCCGGCGGUGACUAAAGAAAUGUUGAAUACAGUACUCUGCAAAAAAUAGCGUGUGGAUUUCUCGCACCUGAAGAACAAGAAAAGAUGUGACUGAAAUGAAUGCAGGUGGCAGGAACGUUUGGCUUGCUGAGCACAGGAUGCUCCUGAACUAGUAAGGCAGAAAUACUCCAAGUUGGAGAGAAAAGCAGCACUGACAGCCGCAUAGUUACUGUGAAUAUGAAGAAAACAAAUAAAAAGUACAAGUGAGCUUGCUGGGUUGAUGCCCUUGCUCUCUGGUGUAGUGGUGCACAGAGCAGAGCUUUUUGUAAAGGCUGUGGAUGAUUUUUCUGCUGCACCCUUCCAUCCAACAGCAGAAACAAUUCCCAAAGGUCUCAGACUCUGGAUACUGGCUGUGGGAUUUUUUUUUUUAUUAUUAUUAUUUUUGAUUGUUUUUUUCCCUCCCCUUUUUGGAUGUGAAUUGAAGGCCAACAACAGUUGAAGUGUUGGAAGCAAGUGCAGGAGGACGCUCACCUUUUUAUUUGAACCCUUGUUUGCUGGGAUACUUUCAAGCUCUCCUUCACAGUCAUGUGGUCAUCACAGCUGCUGUUCUUCACAAUGCUCUUAACACCGUUUUCCCAUGCUUUCAGCCGUGCCCCAGUGCCCAUGGCUGUGGUCCGAAGGGAGCUGUCCUGCGAGAGUUACCCCAUCGAGCUGCGCUGCCCGGGAACAGAUGUGAUCAUGAUUGAAAGUGCCAACUACGGCAGGACUGAUGAUAAAAUCUGUGACUCUGAUCCUGCUCAGAUGGAGAAUAUCCGCUGUUAUCUGCCAGAUGCCUAUAAGAUUAUGACUCAAAGAUGCAGUAAUCGGACCCAGUGUGCAGUUGUUGCCGGCCCUGAUGUGUUUCCAGACCCGUGCCCCGGGACCUACAAGUACCUGGAAGUGCAGUACGAGUGUGUCCCUUACAAAGUGGAACAAAAAGUUUUUCUUUGCCCUGGACUGCUGAAAGGAGUUUACCAGAGCGAGCACCUAUUCGAGUCUGACCACCAGUCGGGUGCCUGGUGCAAGGACCCUCUGCAGGCCUCUGACAAGAUCUACUACAUGCCCUGGACGCCGUACCGGACGGACACGCUGACGGAAUACUCCUCCAAGGACGACUUCAUCGCCGGCAGGCCGACCACCACCUACAAGCUGCCGCACCGCGUGGACGGCACGGGGUUCGUGGUGUACGACGGGGCCCUGUUCUUCAACAAGGAGCGGACCAGGAACAUCGUCAAGUUUGACUUGCGGACCAGGAUAAAGAGCGGGGAGGCCAUCAUAGCCAACGCCAACUACCACGACACCUCUCCCUACCGCUGGGGAGGCAAGUCCGACAUAGACCUGGCCGUGGAUGAGAACGGGCUCUGGGUAAUCUAUGCAACAGAACAAAACAACGGCAAAAUAGUCAUUAGCCAGUUGAACCCUUACACGCUGAGGAUUGAAGGGACGUGGGAUACUGCCUAUGACAAGAGGUCAGCUUCCAAUGCCUUCAUGAUCUGUGGGAUUUUAUACGUGGUGAAGUCUGUGUACGAAGAUGACGACAAUGAAGCCACAGGGAAUAAAAUAGACUACAUAUAUAACACUGACCAAAGCAAGGAUAGCAUGGUGGAUGUGCCCUUUCCAAACUCUUACCAGUACAUUGCUGCUGUGGAUUAUAAUCCCCGGGACAACCUCCUGUAUGUAUGGAACAACUAUCACGUUGUAAAAUACUCCUUGGAUUUUGGCCCGCUGGACAGCAGAGCAGGGCAGGCUCACCAUGGGCAGGUUUCCUAUAUUGCCCCACCAAUCCACCUGGAUUCGGAUCUGGAGAGGCCGCCAUCCAAGGGAGUAUCCACAUCGGGGGCCCUGGGCCCGGGGAGCACCACGGCCAGCACCACGCCGCGGGUGGCCACCAGCACCACCGGCCGCACCACCACCACGUCGGCCUCGGGCAGGAGGAACAGGAGCACCAGCACCCCGUCCCCCAUGGCUGAUGUCCCCGAUGACAUGACCACGCACCUGCCACCUGCCUCCUCCCAGCUGCCGCCGGCCGGAGCCGAGAGCUGCGAUCCCAUGGAAGCCCGCGACAUCAUGUGGUCCCGGACCCGGCAGGGCCAGGUGGCAAAGCAGCCCUGUCCCUUGGGCUCCAUAGGUGUUGCAACUUUCCGGUGCCUUGCGCCUGACGGUGUCUGGGAACCUCAAGGACCUGAUCUUAGCAACUGCUCUUCACCCUGGAUCAACCACAUCACUCAAAAGAUGAGGUCGGGGGAGAUGGCCGCCAACAUCGCGCGGGAGCUGGCGGAGCACACCAGGAGCCACCUGUACGCCGGCGACAUCGCCUACUCCGUGUCCGCCAUGGUGCAGCUGGUCAACCUGCUGGACGUGCAGCUCCGGAACCUGACUCCCGGCGGGAAGGACAGCGCCGCGCGCAGCCUGAACAAGCUUCAGAAAAGGGAGCGCUCUUGCAGGGCCUAUGUCCAGGCCAUGGUGGAGACGGUGAACAACCUGCUGCAGCCUCAGGCUCUGAACGCGUGGAGGGACCUGAACGCGAGCGAGCAGCAGCGCGCGGCCACCAAGCUGCUGGACACGGUGGAGGACAGCGCCUUCGUGCUGGCUGACAACCUGCUGAAGACAGACAUCGUCCGCGAGAACACGGACAACAUCCAGCUGGAAGUUGCGAGACUAAGCACAGAUGGGAAUCUGGAAGAUCUGAAGUUUCCCCAGAACAUGGGCCAUGGGAGUGCCAUUCAGCUGUCAGCAAACACCUUGAAGCAAAAUGGUCGAAAUGGUGAGAUCAGGGUGGCUUUUGUGCUGUACAAUAACCUGGGCACCUAUCUCUCCACGGAGAAUGCCAGCAUGAAGUUGGGAACAGAAGCAAUGUCAACCAAUCACUCUGUCAUUGUCAACUCCCCUGUCAUCACGGCAGCAAUAAAUAAAGAGUUCAGCAAUAAGGUUUACCUGGCUGAUCCUGUGGUGUUUACUGUCAAGCACAUCAAGCAGUCAGAAGAAAAUUUUAACCCAAACUGUUCAUUCUGGAGCUACACGAAGCGUACAAUGACAGGAUAUUGGUCCACCCAGGGCUGUCGCCUCCUGACAACUAACAAGACACACACCACGUGCUCCUGCAACCACCUCACCAACUUUGCAGUCCUGAUGGCACACGUGGAAGUUAAGCACAGUGAUGCAGUCCACGACCUGCUCCUGGACUUCAUCACGUGGGUUGGCAUCCUGCUUUCACUGGUCUGCCUCCUGAUCUGCAUCUUCACCUUCUGCUUCUUCCGUGGGCUGCAGAGCGACCGCAACACGAUCCACAAGAACUUGUGCAUCAGCCUCUUCGUGGCAGAGCUCCUCUUCCUCAUCGGCAUCAACCGGACUGACCAGCCGAUUGCCUGUGCCGUCUUUGCUGCCCUCCUGCACUUCUUCUUCCUGGCAGCUUUCACCUGGAUGUUCCUGGAGGGGGUGCAGCUCUACAUCAUGCUGGUGGAGGUUUUUGAGAGCGAGCACUCCCGGAGGAAGUAUUUCUAUUUGGUGGGGUACGGCAUGCCUGCGCUGAUCGUGGCCGUGUCGGCAGCAGUGGACUACCGGAGCUACGGCACGGACAAAGUAUGUUGGCUCCGACUUGACACCUACUUCAUUUGGAGCUUUAUAGGACCAGCGACCUUGAUAAUUAUGCUUAAUGUCAUCUUCCUUGGGAUUGCUCUCUAUAAAAUGUUUCAUCAUACUGCCAUACUGAAACCUGAAUCUGGAUGUCUUGACAAUAUCAAGUCCUGGGUUAUAGGUGCAAUAGCCCUACUCUGCCUAUUAGGACUGACCUGGGCAUUCGGACUCAUGUAUAUUAAUGAAAGCACAGUCAUCAUGGCGUAUCUCUUCACCAUAUUCAAUUCUCUGCAGGGAAUGUUUAUAUUCAUUUUCCAUUGUGUCCUCCAGAAAAAGGUACGUAAAGAGUACGGAAAAUGCCUGCGCACACAUUGCUGUAGUGGGAAAAGUACAGAGAGUUCUAUCGGCUCAGGAAAAACCUCGGGGUCAAGGACACCUGGAAGAUAUUCCACAGGCUCACAGAGCCGGAUCCGUAGGAUGUGGAAUGACACAGUUCGAAAGCAGUCCGAGUCUUCCUUUAUUACUGGAGAUAUAAACAGUUCAGCUUCACUCAACAGAGAGGGGCUUCUGAACAAUGCCAGGGAUACAAGUGUCACGGAUACUCUACCACUGAAUGGUAAUCACGGCAACAGCUACAGCAUCGCCAGCGGCGAGUACCUCAGCAACUGCGUGCAAAUCCUUGACCGCGGGUACAACCACACGGAGAACGCCCUUGAGAAAAAGAUCCUGAAGGAACUCACCUCCAACUACAUCCCUUCCUACCUGAACAACCAUGAGCGCUCCAGCGAGCAGAGCCGCAACUUGAUGAACAAACUCGUCAACAGCGUGGGCGGCGGGAGCGAGGACGAUGCCAUCGUGCUGGAUGACGCCACCUCCUUCACCCACGAGGAGAGCCUGGGCCUGGAGCUCAUCCACGAGGAGUCGGACGCCCCACUGCUGCCUCCCCGGGUGUACUCGGCAGACAACCACCAGCCCCACCUCUACAGUCGGCGCCGCAUCCCGCAAGACAACAGCGAGAGCUUUUUCCCUUUGCUGACCAACGAGCACACGGACGACCUGCAGUCGCCCAACAGGGAUUCUCUCUACACCAGUAUGCCCGCGCUGGCUGGCAUGCCCAUGACGGAGAGCGUCACCGCCAGCACCCAGACCGAUCCUCCACCAGCGAAAAGCGGCGGUGGCGAUGCCGACGAUGUUUACUACAAAAGCAUGCCCAAUCUUGGCUCCAGGAACCACGUCCAUCAGCUACACACUUACUACCAGCUAGGUCGAGGCAGCAGCGACGGUUUUAUAGUCCCACCAAACAAAGAGGGAACCUCCCCGGACGGCAAUGCAAAAGGACCCGCUCACUUGGUCACUAGUCUAUAGAAGAUUCAGCAAAAAUUAAGCAAAGAGACAACUCAAAGCCUCUCCGUAACGCUCGGUUUACUGUUCUGAGUUAAUCCAAACAGUGGUAAUAUUGUGUGUACUCCUAAAUCUUCAUGCUGUUCAAAAGGAAAUUCUCAGACUUUUUUUACUGGAAUUUUUAGGCCGGCCCGGAGAGGACAGUAACUGCUGUGCCCCCCUUAUCUUCCCAUCCUUCUUCCCUCCAGACAGACUUCAUUAUGUUAAUGAAAGAGAUAGAUAACGGCACACUUCGUGGCCUUCUCAAGUUAUGCCGUGUUUGUUUAAACAAUCCUUGAUGCUGUGUUGCUCUUAAUACCGAGGACCUGAUUUAAGAGGGAAAAAAAAAAUAAUAAAAGGCCAAAAAUGUGCAUUUGAAACUAGUAGCGAUGACGCAUCUAGGUGGGAGCGCUGCGUAAAACAAGCUAGCAAAACUCUUUCUUACCAAUCCAGAUCACAUCAUGGGUUAUGGUCACUCACAACUUGGUUUCACUGCAGCGCCCUUUGCUGUGGGAGCAAACAAAACAUAAACAAAUUAAAUGAGACGGAAGGGAAUCCUAGAAUCCUGUGCUAAAGGCAUAUUUUACAUUUUGCUGUAUUAACGGAUGAUAAAAACUAAUGGCAGAAAAAGAGAAGCGAACAAUUUCUAUGUAAUGUACAGAUACUAGCAUUGCACAUAUAGUCUGCUUUCUGUUCCUCCAGAAUUGCGUCCCUGUUAAUGUAGUGGAAAAAAAAAUAAGAACUUUUUUCUGUUGUGCUGGUCUUGUAAGUUUGUCUACCAGUAGGAGCAAGGUUUUUCAUAACUCUUUCUUUUUUUAUUAUUUUUUAAAUUUUGUUUUGCCUCUUCCACUGCUCCUUCCCUCUGUCCCCUUCCCAUCCCAGAAAAAAACUCACUGGGCAAAAAAAAAAAAAACCAAACCCAGACAUCACUCUCUAAGGACCAUUUUUAGUAACACCAUCACCAUUUCUUUUCAGCCAAGGCAGUCUUUUAAUUUCCUCGCUGUAUAACCUUUUUCAGCCGGCGUGUUGCCAGCAGACCUUUUGGCAGACUAGAGCAGGGCAAACUUCCUCGUUGUCAGUGCACAACCGAUCGAUAAUCCUGGGAAGCAUCUCUGGUGAACGGCCCCUCAGCCAGGCCCUCGGGGCACAUCCAGGGACCCAGAGGGGGAUUUGUAGUCGCAGUGGGGGUUCCACAGGAGACGGCCAUUUCCCUGGAGGAGCAAAGGGCCUUCUCGGCUCAGUCUGGUCCCCGGUUUAGGCACUUGUACUGCAGUGGUUAAGAAGAACAUAGAUUGACGCGUAGUGAGCUAAAAAAGUACUUUGCGGUGAUUUUUAAUUAAAAAAAAAAAAAAAAGUCCUCUGUUCAUUAUUUUUCCUAACAGGAAAUUUAUUUAUUUGACCGGGUUUUUAAGUAACAUAGGCUUUCUGGAGGUAAAUUAGCAGCACGGAGUAUGAAUUCUUCUUCUUUUUCUCUUUUUUUUCUUUUUUUUUUUAAUUUAUGAUCCAUUUUGUACGGUCUCAACAGUUGAAUGACCUCAUUACUAAUAUUUGUUGUAAAAGUGAAGCUUGUUUGCCAACCAAUAAACAACUGAUCACGAUUUAGAAGAUACUGUAUGUAUGUACUGUACAAUUAAUCUCUCUUUUUUUGUCGUUGUUGUUCCUCUCUCCAUUAA